UUUAGAUUGGCGUGGGUUGAUGGAACAAAAGCGAGUAUUGCACUAUUUGGCUCGUAUAGGCGAUAAAGUCAAACAUAAAGGAGAUCUUGAGUCACAGGUUUCCAAAGCUUCAGAAACUUUACGUCCCAAAUUUUCUGGCGAUUUCAAGGAAAUAGCAGAUGCUCUGGUAGAGUGUGCAAUAUUCUUGCCACAAAAGUCAGUUGCCUAUGCAGUUCUUGGUGGAGUUCUUGCGGCAUCCGGUAGUGAAGAGUGUUACUCGUUCGUGCAGUAUCUGGCGGAGAGUAUUCGCGACAGAUUAGAAAGAGAUCUUCACAGUUGCUCAUUUCGAAGUUGUCGCGCCGUUUUUCGUUUUUGUGCGAAUUUAACGCAAGCAGCAGUUUUUAGUCCCAAAAGCUUCCUUCGCUGGUUGGAAAUUGUUAUAGAUGAAGCUCUGAAAUCCCCUGACUCUUCUCUUGGAGGCAAUCCUCAAGCUAGGAGGGAAUGGCUCUUCUGUUUAUGUACUACUACUUUACCUUGGUGUGGAAAUAUUCUUCGUGAGCGCUGUGCUAUGGAAUUAAAGUCUCUAUUGGAUAAGAUUUUUUUAUUUGGUCAAAAGGCAACCGAUGUGUCUGAUGAAGGAGAAGGAGGAACAUUAUCCUUUGAAGAUUUGUUAGUUCCGAUGGAGCAAAAUUGGUUACUGGGAAAGAUACACAAGUUGAGAAAAGUGAUGCAACGCGCAGAAGCUGAAGAAUGGCCUCGAAAAUACGUCCAUUGGCUGUAUGAUGCCUUUGACACAACUCUCGCGAGAGGUUUAGAAACAAGUCUUCCUUCGCUUUCGAUUCCUUUGCAUAGCAAAAAUCAUGUUUAUCCAUUUCCGGAAUAUGAAUUAUUAGUAGGAAUGGAUUCACAAACUGACAUUUCCCAUCACGCUCAUGAUACGAAUUCUGAUAACACGAUGCAGUAUUCUCCUACUGAUAAUGAUGCUGAUAUUUUGAGAGAUUUUUAUGCAUCAGAAUUAGUGAGUGAUACUAUUGAUAGUUUGAAGGAUAAUCAUUCCUUGGCAGCAGCUGUUCUCCUUUCCUUUUCUUUUUCGGAAGUAGAACCAUUUGUUGACGAAAUGCAAACACACUUGCAUAUUAUUCGCGCAAUACUAUCCAAAAUGGUUCAUUUGCCGACAACUGACGAGUCGAUUCUUUACUAUCAUGUUCUUCUCAUAGACUUGUGUUAUAUGGAGGGCUCGCAAGCUCCACUGAAACUUUUGAUGGCCGUAGAAGAAAUUUUUGACAUGGCAGAUAAAUAUGAUGCAGAAGUAUUCGACAGAUUAACUGAUUGGUUUGCCCGUCAUUUAAGUAACUUUGGAUAUAAGUGGAAUUGGGACGAUUGGGUUUUCGUUACCGACAAGGAAACAUACGAUACCGAGAAACAAUUGUAUCAGUUAGUAUUCUGCAAGGACGUAUUGUAUAAAUGUCUUCGACUUUCCUAUUUCGAACACAUUAGCAGCGCCAUUCCUGCUUCUUUGCGUGAACUUCUGAUAGAACCAGGCAAAGCAAUAUUGAAUGAAACAGAAGAAGAAACAGCAGUAGCAAAGGAACUCGCAAAACAUAUGAUUGGUAAGGAGCGCAAGAACGCCUCUGAAAUCGAGGAAUUCCUUUCUCUUCGUUUUCCGUUUGAAUCUUCGUUGUCCUCCGCAUUUUGUACUCUCUGUCGUGCUUUGCUUAUAGCUGGAUCAAAGACUUUUAGUCACUUCGAUGUAGUGACGGAACGGUAUCUUGGACUCUUGAGAAAAUUGUUUGCAAUGGAUAGAGCGAAUAUGAAGAGAUUAAUUAUGUCAGAAAUGAAAAAUUAUUGGAAUAGUUCACCCCAACAUUUGGAAUAUGUUUUGGAAAAGUUGUGGUUAUAUCGAAUAAUAGACUGCUCGACUGUUUUCGAUGCUGCGAUUCCAUACCUGAGUGUGGAAGCUGAUAACGAAAAGGUUUUAAGUGAAUUGAGUGUAGCAUGGAGAUGGAAGUUUGUUCGCAAACUAUUCGAUAGGGUUAAAGAACACGUACAAUUGGCAAAGGACGAACUGAGCAUGGCUGCACAAGCUGCCAGUCAGGCAACUGAAGGUGAAAUAGACGCUGCCAAUUUGAGACUAAAGAAUGCACAAACUGCUAAUGACAAUGCUAUCAAGGAACAGAAGGAACUUUUCUUGCAUGCUUUGCGACGGUCCUAUGCUAUUAUAGAAGCUUUGGAAAAGAACUCGGAUAACUCACUGGAUGAAACGGAAGGUGUUUCAUCAUCUCAUCGGUUUCGAAAUUUGAUAUCCAUUUGUAAAUGGAGAGUGCUUGGCUCAAUGAAGGAGACUAUUCGGAAACACUUGGAUUUACUUGAAACCACGUCAUGGGAAUCUUUAAAGGCUACUCUGAACUUCCAGAUGCCGAUACAAGUAGUGGAUGUAAUCUUCCAAGAGUCAAAACAAUUACUGAAAUAUUGUCGCGGAAUAACGUACAAUUUUGCCUAGUUAAUUGAUGCAAAUUCUGUUCGUUUUGUAUUGUAUCGUUGGUUCUUAAUCUAUCACGUAUUGGCAAUUGCAUUGUUUAUGAAACAUUGAUGAAGUAUUAGAUAUUUUUACUUGAGACUAUUCACCGAUUGUUUUACUGAAGAAUAAAAAACGACGAGUUGUGACUUUCUAGAGAACAAGAACGAUAGUGUUUACCGUUUUGCUAUAUUACAGUAACUUUA